AUGCAACCUAAUUCGCUCACAGGCACCUUCGGUGCAGCACUAUUGACUUUAGUCUUUUUGGGGUCUGACGCACAAGCCAGACAGUACUACGUCGAUUGUUCUCAAGCUACUGCUGGCGAUGGAAGCCAGAGCAAACCCUGGAAUAGUCUCAGCCAGGUAAACUCGCCAACCUUUGCGCCCGGAGACAUCAUUUCUCUCAAGUCCGGUACUAUCUGCACCGGAACCUUGUCGCCCAAGGGAGUCGGUACAUCUAGCUCUGUCAUCACUAUUACCAAAUACAUUUCCGGCAGUGUAACUGACAACCCCAUCAUCAACGGAACUGGGGCGACAGCCGCAGUUACUUUAACCAACCAGGACUACUGGAGAAUUUCUGAUCUUACAGUGACGAACCCCGCGGCAAGUCUUGCUGCUCGCCAAGGAAUUCAUGUUACCGCCAGUGAUGGCAAAACUCAUACCGGAAUUACCAUCGACUCCAACACCGUUCACCAUGUUGCGGGGCAAACAAACAAAGCCACACAUUCUGCAGACUUUAUCUUGUCCUGCGGAAUCUUGGUAGAUACUUCAAACACUGGAAGUCGAUAUGACAAUGUGUUGGUCAAGAACAACGACGUGUCCGACUGCGGUGGUGGCGGCAUCAAAGUACGGGUUGGGGCAAUGGACAACCUCGGUUACAAGGCGCACGUAACUCAGAAUACCAUUCGCGCCUGUGGAGGUGAUGGUAUAAUCAUUUCCUACAGCGAAACGCCUCUCAUCGACUACAAUGUUGCUUCUGACCUCGGAACUGGAGCUUAUCCUUGGACUGGCGGCAACUUCGCUGGCAUGUGGGUUCUAGGUGACCAUAAUCCUACCAUUUCACAUAACGUCGUCUAUGGAAGCAUCAUGUCUCAAAUUGAUAGCGAAGCGUUUGAUUGCGACUGGGGCAAUACGGGCAAUUGCACAGUCGAGUACAAUUACAGCCGUGACAAUGCAGGUGGUGCAUUCUUGAACUGCGAUGGCUGUGGAACCUCUGGAGGUGCUGAUCAAAUUGUUCGAUAUAACAUUUUCGAAAAUGAUUGCCGAAUGUACAGCAAUGGCAACAAGCCUACUCUGUACUUUUACCAGAAUGUCAUGUACUGUGCUGACAAGAACUUUGAGAUUGCGGUACCACCUAAUGCGCAGUUUACAAACAACAUCUUUGUAGGAAAUGGAAACUCUUCUCUGCCGGCAAGAAGCGGAAUCAGUUGGAGUUGGAAUGUCUUUAGCGGGGUUCAGCGCCCUACGUCAAAUGGCAUCCAAGGCGAUCCUGUUUUCGUGGAUCCAGGAAAGGGGGGAAACACUCUGGACUCGGUGUCUGGCUACAAGUUGAAGAAGUCCUCGCCGGCUUUGAACAAUGGGGCAAUCAUUCCAGGUAACGGCGGUAAAGACUUUUUUGGCAAUGCUGUCUCAACUACACAGAAGCCUAACCGUGGCGCUUAUAACGGGCCAGGGCUCUGA